AUGGACUCACAGGAUACCCAUGGGUACAUCCCCGGCUUCGACGCUUUCUCUCUGGAUGAUAAGUUGGCCAAAAUUGUCACGAAGUAUUUGACCAAGGCUCUAACCAAGCUCACGGCCCCAAUUUCUCAAGAAGCAACGUUUGCGAUGCGGGCAGUGUUGACAGACUCCCCUGAAUGGCACGUUAUGAGCCCCAAGGAAGAACUUGUUCGUGUUGUGUCCCAGAUGUCUACGAGGAUCUUCAUGGGCGAGGAGCUCUGUAGAAACGAGGAAUGGACAAAAGCAUCCGGUGACUACACCAUCACUGCCUUCAAAGCUACCGAUGAAGUCAGAGCUUGGCCCCGACUCCUCAGGCCCAUCGUUCACUGGGCCAUGCCUGUUUGCCAGGAUCUUCGGCAGCAGCUAGACAAGGCCAAUAAUGCCCUCGAGCCCCAUAUCAAGAAGCGAAACGCCAUCAAAGCUGCUGCUCUGGCCAAAGGACAGCCGAGCCCAUUCGAUGAUCUGGUCGAGUGGUGGGAAACAGAGUACGGUCCAUCCAAUGAGCAUGCUAGGCACCAGCUCACACUAACCGUUGUUGCAAUCCACACGACCUCUGAUCUUCUUCAACAAACGAUGAUUGAUAUUGCCAUGAAUCCCGAAAUAUUGGCCCCCCUCCGAGAAGAGGUCAUCACUGUCUUGGGAUCUCAAGGAUUGAAGAAGACGGCGUUGUACAACCUGAAGUUGAUGGACAGUGUCAUCAAGGAGUCUCAACGUAUGAAGCCGGCGCUACUGGGACUGUGGAGUCGACAAGCACUUGCUGAUGUCGAGCUUUCGGACGGCUUCGUGAUCAAGAAGGGCCAGAGGGUCCUUGGAGAAGGGACUCACAUGUGGAAUUCCGAGUAUUGGAAGGAUGCCGACAAGUUCGAUGGCUAUCGGUUCUUGAGGCUGCGAGAGGCGGCGGAGGGUGAAAGGGACGAAGACAGCAAGACGGCGCAUCUCGUGAGCACAAGUUCAAGACAUCUUGGAUUCGGGCAUGGAAUUCACGCCUGUCCUGGUCGCUUCUUUGCCGCCAACGAGAUCAAGAUCGCCUUGUGCCACAUCCUGCUCAAGUACGACUGGAAGCUUCCCGACGGCUUCCAGCCAAAGGCCACUACCUUCGGCAUGUCAAUCAUUCCCGAUCCAGCCACCAAGUUUCUCAUCAGGCGACGGAAGGAGGAACUCGAUCUGGACUCGCUUGAGUGUUAG